AUGGCCAAAGGCGCACGCGCAAGCAGCAAAAAGGCGAACCGCACCAAGCUGCGCGCCCGAGUUUUCGGCCCUGUCGAGCAGGCACGCGCCGAGCGCCUGCACGCCAAACUUCUCGAGACGAUUGCCCAGCCCAAGCCCGAGAGGACUGAGAUGGAAACCGAAGAAACCAACACCACCGACGAUGCCGCCAAGGAGGACUUGCCCAAAGGUUCGUCUCUGCUUACUGUCCCCAUGCCACGCUCCCUAUCCGAUCCCUCUGCAAGCCCACUCGACCUCGCAGAAGAGGACUGCGAACUCGGGAAUCUGUGUUUCCACCUAGAUAUGGACGUCGACGGCACCGCCACCUCUGCGAAGAGCUCGAGCUCGCGCAAGACCAAGGACAAGAGCCAGACCCGGAAACAACUGCGACGCAAGCCCCAGAACAAGGUCUCCUUCCCUACUUCCCGAGGCAAGGGCGCACUGAAGCCCAAUGGUGGACGUCCCAGCGGCCCCGGCCGUAUCGGCAAACGACGAGCAUGA